GAGAGCUGUUGAAACAGAAGUCUGUCUCAGGACGAACAAAGUUUGUGUUGGUGGUUUGGAGAACUUUUCUGCUUACUAUUUCUCUACAACCAUUUUUCUUUCUUCUUUUUUCAUCUUAUUGCUUUUUUUUUCUCUUUCUUUUUUUUUUUUUUAACUCUGGGGUCUAUUUGGGGACAACUUGAGUGUGGAAUGGCUGAACUUGUGCGAAUCCGUAAGAAACGACUGCAGAUCCCCAUCUCUAGGUUGAGGGGCAUUCUGAAGCAGCUGGAGGAGAAAGAUGUCGACUUUGAAGACAUCAAAAAGAAUCUGGAUUUCACAGCAUCAUUACUGGAGGCAGUUUACCUUGACGGAACAAGGCAGUGCCUGGAAUCUGAAGACGAUCUUCAGCAGCUGCAGUCCGACGGCGUGCCCUCAGAGGUCACCGACUGGCUGGCGUCCACCUUCACCCAGAGGGUGCGGCGGCCUGCGCGACGCACAGAUGAAAAGCCCAAAUUCCGCAGCAUCGUCCAUGCAGUGCAGGCGGGGAUAUUUGUGGAGAGGAUGUUCAAGAGGGCCUACACUGCAGCCAUGCCCGACCAACCUGUGGCGGUCGUAAACUGCCUCAGGGAUGUUGACCGCUGGAACUUUGAUGUGUUUGCUCUGAACGUGACCAGCUCUGAUCAUGCACUACAGACUAUUUUCUUUGAGCUAGUCACCAGAUAUGAGCUCAACAGCCGUUUUAAGAUACCCAUCGGUUGCCUGACAGAGUUCUUGUCUGCACUUGAGAGAGGAUAUUGCAGACACAACAACCCUUACCACAGUCACGUCCAUGCUGCUGAUGUGACGCAAACAAUGCACUGCCUGCUGCUGCGCACUGGACUUGUGCACUGGCUGACAGAGCUCGAGGUGAUGGCUUCACUAUUUGCCGCAGCCAUCCAUGACUACGAACACACAGGAACCACAAACAACUUCCACAUCCACACAAAGUCAGAGUUUGCCUUGACAUACAACGACCGAUCGGUACAGGAAAGCCAUCACCUAAGUGCUGCAUUUCGGCUUCUGCAGAAUGAGCAAAUGAACAUCUUCAUGAAUUUGUCACGAGAAGAAUGGAUGGAGCUACGAUCACUGGUUAUAGAGAUGGUUUUGUCCACAGACAUGUCCUCCCACUUACUCCAAGUCAAAGCCAUGAAAUCCUGCCUACAACAACAAGAGCGCAGGAUUGAUAAGCCUAAAGCGCUUUCUCUGUUACUCCACACGGCUGACAUAAGCCACCCAUCCAAGCCCUGGGCACUGCAUUCACGCUGGACCAAAUCCCUGAUGGAGGAGUUUUUCAGGCAGGGUGAUAGAGAGGCGGAGCUCAACCUACCCUUCUCUCCUCUGUGUGAUCGUAAAAGCACCCUGGUAGCUGAGUCCCAGAUUGGUUUUAUAGAUUUCAUUGUAUAUCCUACAUUUUCUCUGCUGACGGACAUGGCUGAAAAGAUUGUUAUUCCUUUGGUGGAGGAGAAUCCUGGUCCACCAGACCCCUGUAACAGACACAGUAAUCUUUGGAAGGAAAGUUCCAGAGGUCUGCAGUGGAGUCUCGCCCACAUCACAGCAGAGCUGGUGAGCUUCCGUUCCACGUGGACACGACACACCGAAGACAACAAGCUCCAAUGGAAGGAAAGUGGCUCCAAUGGAUUUUCAGACCCAAGCCUGACGAGAGAACGAAGGACCAGUCAAGAAGAGCAGUCAGAAAAUUCCCCCACCACAGUUUCGAACCAGUAGGCAAGACCUCACCUCCGCUCGUAACCUCUGUGAUAUAUACAUGUGUAGCCGACCGAUUAUCUAUCAAGGUUAACUGAGGUUUGGAAUGCCUUACUCUACUAUACUAUAUACAGCAACAAACCACGGGUUUUUAAUGAACUUUUAAGAUCAUCUUCCCAAGGUAAGAUGCAGUAUAGUCAUAGAAAUGUCCUGAUGUCUUAUCAAGUGUAGCAUACUACCAUAACUUAAAUGCAAAAGUCGACAUGCUGGCCAUGUUACGGUAUAGUCCAUGUCAUUAAUUUAAUUUGCCACCGAAAAACAAACACCUAUUGUAUGUUUUGUAGUUUGAACUACACACACACACACACAUCAUUUAAUCAUGCAAUAAAUAUUGAAAAUAUAUUAUUUGCUAUGUGUGCUGUUUGGCAUGGAUUAUGUAAGAGGCGGGGCUUCUUAAACAUUAAAAAAAAUUCAACUCAA